AUGCAGCUUGUAUGGUGCGCACGCCUGCAGGGAAUGGUCCCGGCACAAAUUUGCGUCGACACUGUUGGUGGCGUGCGAGGCAUGGUGGUGCUGAUGGAUGGCAAAGGCAAGCUUCAAAUAUGCUAUCUGGGCACCGAUCCACCUACUGCGAGCUUGGUAAAUACGGAAAUGAAGGAGUUGAAUUACGACGAGAUGGAAGAGGAGCAUCAGGAAUUGCUGCGUGUCAUUCGGCAAACGCAUGGCGACGGGGCCACAGAACCCGAAGAGAGCCUAGUGGUGGACUCGCAGGUGCCUCAGGUCCUCGACCUGGGCAUGAACGAGGACGACUGCGACGCAGAUGAUCCCGUGGGACGUUCAGACGGCAUGGUGAUGCAGCUUACAGUGAACUUGUGUGUCACUCUGGGCGGUGGCAAAGCCGUGGAGAAUGUCUCCAUCACGUUGAAGGCGCCGCAAUGCUUCGCUCUAUCGCAGACAUCCAUCUUCAUAGAUAAGGUCGAGCCUGGCCGGCCACCAGUGAUCAUUCCUGUCGUCUUUCGUGUGUGGAACAAGAUCCUCUGCUCCAACUUGGAGGUAGCUGUUUGUGCAUCGUACUAUUCGCUGAACAACGAACCUCGUACAGUCGCAUCUUCCUUCUGGUUGCCAUUUGCUUUAGUGGCCAAGCCGAUUCCGCCAGUCAAGAAUGCAAAGCACAAGAUUCAGCUGGACUGCAACAAGCAGCCUCCACAGCUGCAAGUGCUUUUUGCCGUCCUGCUCAACCAGCCGCAUGUGUCGGCUGCAUUGAGCCAGGGCAUGUCCAACCUGCUCUCCAUCCAGUAUGUCUCCGGAACGGAAGCAACCGUGCUGAUGCUGAAGAGCAGCGGGCGCUUCUGCGUACAAGCAGCAGAAUUCGCCGCUCUCUGGGUAUUGACGCAGGAGCUUUGCAACCGUCUCUAUGAAUAUUUUGGACCAGGUGGUGAAGGUGCUGCCGCAGACGACGAGGAGCCUUUCUUCAUCACUUUCCAAGACAGUUUGCCUUUGCAUGACUACUUUGCAUUGAUUGAUGAUCACUUCGAUCUUCGACGACAUCUGGACGAACUGCGCAAAGACCUAGCAGAUCGAACGCAGCAGUACCGCGUCAUCCAGAAGAGAUUGCUGGUUCGCUUUAAGGAUCGGAACCCAUCACCGCUGAAUCAUCUGGAUACGCUGCUCAACUUGACCUUCGAGCAGACACUGCUGCUCACAGAUGCCAUCGACGACGUUGAACAAGCUCUGAGAACGGUUUCUUGCCAUCUCUCGGCUGCGACGGAACUCGUGCUGUUGCUGGUCAAGUUCAGAUUCGGGAUGGACGAGGAGAAUUUCAUCGCCCUCAGAAGGCAUUUGACCCCAGAAGUUUGUGACACCACGGAGCAGGGCUGGGAGGAGAAGGUAGACACCUCCUUGCUCCAUCUUUUGCGAACGGCGCUGGCGAGAAGCGUGAAGGAAGGCAACAGCUUGCCUCCUCCUAUGAAGGUGCCUCAGGACACCCUAAAGCUGCGGAAGCGCAUCACCACGGUGGUCGACCGUCUAGCAACGGGUGCGCGAAUGACAGACGACGCUGUGGCAGGUGGGAUAGGGCCUCCAGAGGAAGAGGUGCCUGGAGAGGAUGGCGAAUGA